AUAUGUCCCCGAGAGGGGCUCCCAGCGCCCGGCCUGUGCUCCUGCGUGUCCAGCGCCCACCAUGAGGCCCCUCGUGCUGCUGUGGGGCUGCCUUGUGCUCCCAGGUUAUGGAGCCCUGGUGGGCCCGAAUAAGAUCAGAGGAUUCGAAGGUGACACUGUGUCCCUACAGUGCACAUACGACGAGAAGCUGAAGAUGAACCAGAAAUAUUGGUGCAGGAAGAGCAGGACCCUCAUCUCCCGCUGCUCUGACAUUAUCUACGCCAGAGAAGACGGCCAGGAGAGGAGAGAGGGCAGGGUGUCCAUCCAAGACAGUCCCCAGAAGCUCAUGCUCAACGUGACCCUGAGGGAGCUCACCCUGCAGGACUCGGGAGAGUACUGGUGUGGCAUCAACAAACUGGGCUUUGAUCAGAUUUUCCUGGUCUCUCUGCUAGUCCUUCCAGGUCCCUGCUGCCCAUCCCCCACCCACUCCUUCCAGCCUCUUGCUACAAGCCUCCAGCCCAAGGCAAAAGCUUGGCAAACUCAGCCCCCAGAAUUGACUUCUUCUGGUGUCCACCCAACAGUCACCACAGCCGAGCAGGGGAAGACAGAGGCCAAGGCCUCUCCAUUCACAGGGACGUCCCCGCCCAAGCCCGCAAGAACCUCUCUAUACACAAGAACCUCUCCGUAUUCAGGGACCUCUCCUCACACAGUGACCUCUCCAAAUGAAGAGACCUCUCCUCACAAAGCAACCUCUCCUCAUGCAGGGACCUCCCACCCACCGACACUCCUGGACUCCACCUCAGCAGAAGACACCAGUCCAAGAAGCAGAAGCUUCAAGUCCAGGGUGUCCCCCUCAACGGUUCGCAUGUUGGCUCCGGUCCUAGUGCUGCUGAUCCUGCUGCUGGCCGCAGGCCUGGCGGCCGUCGUCGGCAGGUGCAUAGCCCAGUGGAGGAAGGAAGCUCAACUGACCAUAGAGACACAGAGGGGUGAGAAGGUCCACCUCUCAUACUUGGGAAUCUAUGAGCCCCAAGACCAGCCCUUCAGGCUACCACCCCUCCUGCCAAGAACGGGCUGUGUACUGACUGAGCCUCUGUUUCGGCCUCUGGGGAACGGCCUGGUCCCGGAGUCCGCUGUGACCAAACUUGCAGCACCCACUGGGCCUCACGCCAGCCCCAAGCCCUCCGCCAGCCCCUACACGGAGAGCCGGUGCCAAAGCCAGGUGUGGACAGAGGGCCCUGGGGAUCGGGAGCCACCCAGUCUGGCUCCUCUCUGA